AUGGUUUCUGGAACAGACCCCCCCCCCCUUGGCUCACCAACCGAUAAUAACGGACCAACCCGUCGUGAGCAAUCCAGUGCCAUCCAUGUCUGCUUCGCUUGGCCUUGGCCCCAUUUAACCAACACACUACACUACACUACACUCUUCAAGCACCUCUCCCGUCCUCGAGCACAACUCAAAACAAAACUCAACCAUACAGAACCAAUGUUAAGAACAAGACUAGCAGCUAGGUGUGCGCCCAACAUCAUCGCCAAGAGAUCAAUGGCAAUGGCGGCCGCCGUCGCUCCAGUCCACACUCAGAUCACCAAGUUGACCAACGGCAUCACCGUCGCUACAGAACACGACCCAUCCGCCACUGCGUCCUCCAUCGGGUUAGUCUUUGGAUCAGGCUCCACGGCGGAAAACCCUUAUAAUAACGGGGUAUCCAAUCUUUCCACCCAUUUAUUCUCCAAGAAUAAUAACUUGACCAAAUUGGCUAAUGAAAACGAUUUCCAAUUGAACUCUCACGUCGCUAGAGAUUACCAAUCAUACAUGGUCUCCUCCCUACCAGGUCAACAGGGCAAAGUUUUCCAAUUCUUACAGAAAAACUUGAUCGAGGCUAAAUUGGAUGAACCCACUUUCAACUACGAGAAACAAUUAUGCGAGCAACAGACAGCCAUUUUUGAAAAUACUCAACAUGCCACCCGUGUCAUGGAACAUCUUCACUCCACUGCAUUCCAAAAUACUCCAUUAUCAUUACCAACAAGAGGCACCGUAGAAACUUUACAAACUUUAACCACUUCUGAUUUACAAUAUUUCACCCAGAAUAAUUUUAAAGCUUCCAAUGCUGUUGUAGUAGGUACGGGGAACAUCCCACAUGAGGAAUUAUUACAAGCCGUCGAGGAUAAUUUACAAUUGGCCCCCGGUGAAAAGCAAGUCUCCAAGACAAAAUCAACUUUCUUGGGCUCGGAAGUAAGAUUGAGAGAUGAUACGUUACCAAAGGCAUGGAUCUCCAUCGCUGUGGAAGGUGAACCCAUGAAUUCACCAAAUUAUUACACUGCUCAAGUCGCCGCACAAAUCUUUGGCCAAUAUAACGCAUUUGAACCAAGAUCAAGAUUACAAGGUAUCAAAUUAUUGGAUAAUUUACAAGAAUAUGGAUUAUGUGACUCGUUUGACCAUUUUAAUCUUUCCUAUAAGGACUCAGGGUUAUGGGGGUUCUCCACAGUGACAAGAAACGUCGGUUCCAUCGAUGAUUUGAUUCAUUUCACUUUGAAACAAUGGAAUAGAUUGACCAUCUCCAUCACAAAUACGGAAUUGGCUAGGGGCAAAUCUUUAUUGAAAUUGAAAUUGGCUAAUGAAAAUAGUAACAAUGUGUCCAAUUUACAAAGAGCUAAUUUGUUAGGGGAAAGUAUCGUUAACACGGGUACGAAACAUAAUUUACAAGAAAUCUUUAACAAGAUUGAUUCAAUUACAGUGAAGGACAUUAAGGCAUGGGCCGGAGAAAGAGUCUGGGAUCAAGAUAUUGCCAUAGCAGGAACUGGUCAAAUUGAAGGCUUAUUGGAUUACAUGAGAAUAAGAAAUGAUAUGUCCAUGAUGAGAUGGUGA